UGAUGUGAACGAGACGCAGUUUAUUAUUGAUAAAGCUGUGCACAAUGGGUGCUUAUCUUUAGAUAAACGUGGGGUUUCUUAAUUAAAAAUUUACCGUAUGCAUGUUGUUUGUUCUUAAUUAUUGUUGUUUGGGAGAUAUUACUUAGUUCGGUGUGAGUUGGUCAGGCCCUGGAAAUGUAGUUUCUUCAACAUCAACUGGAUUUCCUGACAAUAAAAAAAAAUAUUCGCAUAAUAUUAGAAAACAAAAAAUUAUUAAGUUACGAUGGGCAGCACAUCGUCCAAGUUCAAGAAGAACCUGCAGCAGGGAGACGAGUACGCCGCCAUGAAAAUCUACCAAAACUCCCCGGAACUGAGGAAGUAUUUGGAUCCGAACGUCAGCUACGGCGAGAAUCACAGUCAUAACACCGCCUUGCAUUAUGCAGCGAAACAUGGUAUGAAACACCUACUGAGGGCCUUCAUUAACGAACUGAACGGAAACCCGAAUAAGAAAAAUAACCAGAACGAGACGGUGCUACACUCCACCUGUCAAAUAGCUCCGCACAGUAGCUACGGGGCUCACGAGAGAAGAGCUGCCUGCGUCCAGCUCCUUCUCCAUUGGAGGGGGGCCACCAUACAGGGAGGUGAGAGGGAGAGAGUCGAUCUGGGAGCUCAAGACAAGGUUGGCAACACCGCACUCCACUGUGCGGCCAACUCCGGCCUAAGGAGGUGCGUGGAACUGCUGGUUUACAACGGGGCGCCACUGUUUCUGGAAAACAACGAGAAAAUGACGCCCUGUGACUUGGCGAUGAGGGCGGGGUUCGAUGAUAUCGCGGGCUUCUUAGAGAGUCGAAUGGUCUUUACUGACAAUGCGGAUCUGGCCAAUCUGGAAAACGACCUGAUCAAUGAACAGGAGGAGGUCUACAGCGGUCUACGCAGCCAGGAUCUACAGGAAGCAAAGGAUCAACUUUUGGUAGAUACCUCGGAUAUGUUGAAGAUUCCACUGUUCACUGCUGAAGCUUUACUGAGAGAUAACGAGUGGUCCAGGGAGCUUUUACUAGAAAAAUGGAUGAAAAAUCCAGCGGAUUGUUGUGAAAAAGCCGGAGUGCAAGCACCCAGUACGGUUCUAGUACACGCUGGUUCCUUGGAUUCUAGUAUAUCCAAUGAUACGGCCUCGGAAGCACCUAAACAGGAAGUGAUGUGUGAAAUCUGCCUGAACGUCAUACCAUCCGAAUGGGAACACCCCAUAAAAAUGUCUUGCAACCAUCUGUUCUGCAAGUGCUGCUGGCAGAGUUACCUCACCACGAAAAUCCAAGAUGGCGACGCGCAUCACAUCUUAUGCCCCGCUUACCAGUGCCACAUCCUCGUUCCGGUGGAGUUUAUCGAGAAACUGGUCAGUCCAGAGAUGGCCAGAAGAUAUUUACAAUUCGAUAUUAAGGCUUUCGUGGAGAGCAACAAAACAAUCAAAUGGUGCCCGAUCCCCGGAUGCGGAAGAGCCGUGAGACUUCCGGAAGCGGAACAAACCCCUGGAAAAACUUACCCGAGCAGAAAACCCGCCCCAUUAACCUCCCACGCGGUGGAUUGCGGAAAUGCUCAUUUCUUUUGCUGGGAAUGUUUGGGUGAUGCGCAUGCCCCGUGCGGCUGCGACCAAUGGCAACAAUGGCACAAGAAAAUAUCGGAAGUGAAACCGGAAGAACUGAAUUCCGCUUACAUCGGAACCGAAGAGGCUGCCAACUGUUUAUGGCUGGUAACCAAUUCUAAACCUUGUCCGAACUGUAAAAGUCCCAUUCAAAAGAACGAGGGGUGUAACCACAUGAAGUGCUCAAAAUGUAAAUUUGACUUUUGUUGGGUGUGUCAAGAGUCUUGGAAGAAGCACAGUUCGGCCACAGGAGGGUACUUCAGAUGUAACCGGUUCGAAGCGGUACGAAAAGCUGACGAGAAACAGGGUACUUUGGUCAACGAGGCCAUAGAAAAGAGCGUCGAACUGCAAGAGAUCACCAGGUUCCUGCACUACUACACCAGGUUUAGGAACCACGAGAACAGCCAGAAAAUGGAGGAACCCUUACUGACCAGCGUCAGAAAGAAGAUGGAGGUUCUUGCAAGCAGUCUUGGGAUCAGACGAGAAGAGGCCAUUGAAAGCAGUACAAGGUUCAUAGAGGAUGGAGUGAGGGAGUUGCUGAAAGCCAGACGGGUUCUGUGUGGUUCUUAUGCUUACGGGUACUACUUGGAGGACGACGGGUAUAAUAGGCAUAUUUUUGAAUUUAUGCAGAACGAACUGGAAGAAAUAACGGAAAAACUAAGCGAAAUGAUCGCCAGACCAUAUUUACGCACCCCCAAGGCGGUCAUAGUGCAAACCUCCACCCUAACGCGUAGAAAACGUCACGAAUUUGUCCGUGCGGUUGCUCAAGGCCUUAUUCCCCCGGAAACUCCACCAACCCUAAGGAAAAGAAAACGGAAACUGGUAAGCAACCUUCACUGUUCCACUCACAUUCCAGAAGUGCACGUAAGUUUCCCUCAGAACGAUCUGGAGGACACCUCCACCUGGAUAAAGGACUGCGAUUGGCCGGGAGAUUAUGACACAGACGAAGAAACUGACUUGAGUGUCACUCUAAAGCGCAUGAUCAGCAGAAGUCCGAUAAGGGAACACGAGUGCGGACUGUUGUGUAGCAGUCAAGGAUGCGGAACUAGGCCGGACUAUAACGUGGAACUGAUCAUAGCCCUGGAAAUGUCCCGUUUGCAAAUGAUCGAGGAUCAGGUGAGGCAAUCCGAGCAUACUCCGGUCACACCCGAUCCAGGCUCGAGUAUUUCGACUAAUAGUAACGAGAGCACCGACGAUCAGCUGAAGUUGGCCAUACAUUUGUCCUUGCAAGAGUCCACUGCCAAAAUUAGGAGGGAAAUGGAACAGAGGGAGAUGGAGGAGCGAAUUAAUGGGUACCAAAAAACGAACGCCGACCUGACAGUCGACUACUUCCUAAAAUCCCUGGCCAAUCACAAGAUCGACCUGAAAGCUUUGGAACGAAUGGAGCCAGAUAGAGAGGUGGUAUUCAGAUCGUGCAAGGGAAACGAGGAUGGGAGAUUCAAAAUCUCCGAUAUACACGAAAAUGGUUAUAUAUUUGGCAAUGACGACUAUGACGAGAUGUCUAGCUUGAAGAGAUGUCACUCGACAGGAGAUAUUUGUCCAAGGAGGACCAGAAAAGGACCACUGACACGUAUGAACGGUACUGACGAGCCUAGGUACCACUUGGAUUCGGAUCACAGUAGCCAACACGAGGAGAAACCUGAGGAUAUGGUUCGAAGAUAUUUAGCACUGCCAUCUACAUCAAUACGCACCAAACAAUUUUUGCUAUUCCAUAACGCACAACAGCAACACCACGAGGAGGAGUUUUGCCAAGGACAGAGUUCAAUGGAGGACACGACCAUCUCGGAUUCCCUUAAUGCCGACAUGGAAGUUAGUGGGAUUUUGAAUUCUACCACUGACGAAGAUUUAGUUAACAAGAUUUACGAAGAAGAAACCAAAAAGACUGAGCAAGUAGCCAAAGAAAUGCCGUGUAAAAAGCACAGCCACAACCCGUUCGCUAGUCUUAAGGCUAAACUGUGUUCAACCCAUUUGCCCAAGUCUGGGUACCUUACUAAGCUAGCUGUAAAUAAGAGUAUAGGUUUAAUAAGUAGCGAACAUAAACCAACCAAAAACUACACAUGCGAUCACACCACACAAAACGCAGAAUCCAGCACGAGCAACUUCCCUAAAAAAUCAAACGUCAUGGGGGAAUCAAAGAGCGAGAAGCACAGCCCCAAAAACCGCAGAGAGGGCGGAAAAAACAUAUUUUCCCGCUCCACCGGGUUCCUCGUGGACUCCAAUCAGAAACGAAUAGGAAAAGAACUGAGAAUAAAAAUAUGCAAAAGCCCUCAAAAGAAGACCGCUUUAGAAACCGACAGUUCGAACGAGUACGAAAGCGAAACUGGCAUCCCUAAAUCGCCCACGUUAUUCAUUUCUGGAGUCUCCAUAUCCAGAACACCCGAACCUAAAUCACCCGGAAUAAGCUUGAUCCAGAACAAUUCCGGACGUCAGUCACGUUCGUCCAGUCUCAGCGUACCGGUACCUCUAAGCGCAUGCUCCUUAAGCUUAUCCAGUAGCAGCUUGAAUACUUCAAAUAAUCAAAACAAUUAUCAUAAUAAUUCGACUUUUCCUCCAGAACCAUUCACUCCCUCUUUGGUCAGGUCUCACACUCCGGCAUCGUCCAGAUCGAAUUUGACCACGCCUCACGAUAGCCCUAGGUCAUCUGCAAAGGAAAAUGGCAAGAGUAAGAGCGCCAGUGAGCCGGAGAGAGAACGAGAGAUGUUUAGGUUUCCAAAAUCGUCUACGGAUGGCGCCCUAAGUUCGGUUCUACACGUGCAAGAGUCCAACCUUAGUUCCGACGACUUCCACGAGGCGCUUUUCCUCCUCGAACGUUCCCCGAAAACCAGAGACUCGAAACGGCGAAAAAAAUCAAAAAAGAAAGAAAAAGACGAGAAGAAAGACAAGGAACAACAAGAGGAGAGCUCUGUUCUUUAACAGUUCGCGUUAAAUAGGUUCCGCACCCUCAAUAUGGCGAAGAACUUUUACCUAAAAGUUUAAAACCGAAAAGACUGCGUUUAAAAUAAAUGUAGAAAAAAAGAAAAACAAGUUGUAAAAGUAACGAAAUUACUGUGUUUGUGAUACGUUUUAUAUGAAAAAAUUCAAAAAAAAAAAAACAUUUUUAAAGUGACCAAAUUUGACUUCGUACGCGGCAUUUAUACGUUUUAUGUGUAUGAUAUAUUUAUUAUAUAGGGCGAUUAUUUUGUUAAAAAAAUAUUAUAUUGGAAUUUUCUUGGGCAUAUGUUGGUCUCAAAAAAAAUUCUCAAUUUUACGUCCAUAGUUAGAAAAAAUUGUUUUUUAUUUAAUUUUUUUUUUAAAUUUUUUGAGACCAAUUUAACCAAUAUGAUAAGGUAUAAGGACAAAACUGUAUUCUGUGUUACUCGUUUAAGAUAUCUUAGGCCUAACUUCUUGACUGACGUUCAUUUUUUGUAAUUUGUUUUAAUUUUCUCACUUAUUUGUUCUUUAUUUUAUUAUUACUUACUCUAUGUAACGUGUUUGUAAAAAUAUUUUCGUAGGGGUAAUAAAAAAAAAUUAAUAAAUGAUGGUAUUGUUAAAA